GUUAAAUUUUCGGGAAUUUCAGGGUAUUACAGUAAUAUUGUUUCAGUAAAUCUUGAAAUAUAUAAGAUCGACGUUUACUCGAUAAUGACUAAUGAGUGUACUUAAACAACUUAAUUUUGUAGUAUCUCGGAUUUGCCUGAUUUGAGUUUUGUACCAAAACUAGACUAUCACGAGCGCCGUCAAUCAAGAAACGGCAAAAUACUUCAAACAUCUGCUGUCACCUGUCAAUGUUUCCCUCGCUGCUGCAUUCCUCAUAAAAGGAAGGUGAAUAAAGCAUUUAUUGAUUCAUCUAAAAGGCAAAAUGGAAGCUAGUGACAUUUAUUACAACAGGGCUGAGUACGUCGAAACGGCCUCUGGGAAUAAAGUCAGUAGACAGACUGUUCUUUGUGGCUCACAAAAUAUAGUCCUGCAUGGAAAAGUAAUUGUACAGUCCGAUGCAAUUAUUAGAGGAGACUUAUCCAAUGUAAGAACAGGAAGAUACUGCAUCAUCAGUAAAAACGUCGUGAUUCGCCCUCCCUUCAAAAAGUUUAGCAAAGGAGUCGCCUUUUUUCCUCUGCAAAUGGGAGAUCACGUAUUUGUUGGAGAACGAGCAGUUGUCAAUGCUGCAAUCGUCGGAUCUUAUGUCUACAUAGGAAAAAAUGCGGUUUUAGGAAGACGAUGCAUUUUGAAAGACUGCUGCUAUAUUGAAGAUGGAGCAGUAAUUCCACCAGAGACCAUAGUUCCUUCCUUUACUCGGUUCGCCGGAAAUCCAGCGACUUGUGUUGCAGAUUUACCAGAGUGUACCUUGGACCUCAUGUUAGAUUUUACGAAAAACUAUUACCAGCACUUUUUACCUGCAGCCGUUUAAGUUACCAAUAUUUUCCAGGUGCUGAGAUUAAUAUGCGUUUUAUGUAUUGUUAUUAUAAUAGAUUUUGUACGUUUAGAAAAGUUUUAGGAAAGAAAAUGCAAAUAUGCCAACUAGUCAAUUUUUCCCAUGUCUCACAUUUAAAAAAAACAUUUGUUUUGGUCACUCUUUCCAAAUUAUAUCUCUUUUUCCAUAUUUUCGCAAAUAUUUCAAUUAAAUUUCAGACUUUUGUUUCCAGUUGAAUAAGUGGAUUUAUUAAAAAAAAGUUUUAAUGAAGUUUAGCAAUUAGAAACAGUUUAAGGGCAAGGUUUUCUAUAUCACUUCUAAAAGUAUUAUUUACUAGGGAAGUAUUUCUGAGGGUUUGAUGAUAUCUAACUAAUGACUUAUGUAUGUGUCACUUCCUUAGUGUUUUUCUGAGGAGAUACUAAAGCUUUAUAAAAGUUGAUCAAAGGAGCAAUAAAAAUAAUUGAUCGUCUAA